CCAAUCGGAGUGCGGCAGUCGGCGUGAAAAAAAAACCCACAAUGGGGAAAUACAUUAGCGCGGAUCGACACGACGCGGAUUGUAUGACACGGUAAUGUCAAAUAAGUUGGUAUCGUGAGCGAAUUGUAUAAACUAUUUCGUCAUAUUCUACGUGUACCGUAGUUCCGUGUCGUAUUAAUAGCAUGCCACGCAGGCAGCUCACCGCUCCGUGGGAGGGGAACUUGAACGUCGGACACUUGUUCAAAAAGCUGCUUUGAUAGUUACCGCGUUCUUAAAAAGGUGAACAGGAUGAUUCGGAGGUACUUGCGGGGCAGUGGGAGGGUUCUGGUGUUUGUGUUCGUGGCUUCUGUCAUUUGGCUCCUGUUGGACAUUGCUGUGCUCCGCAUGUCCUUCAGCGACGGCAACCUUCACCUGCUGAAGGAGCGAGUCAUCCGGGAGAAGGAGCUCCUCAAGCAGCGGGCCGAAGUCAACCAGUCGACGAAAAGGGACUACGGGCAUCCUGUGCUCAGGACGGAGGACACAGGCUCGGUCAGUCCUGACAUGGCCAGGGUCUACAGGCAAGGGGACAAGAGACGGAACUCCACUUUGCUGAAAAGUCAGAGUGCAGAAAUGCAGGAGGCUCCUGCUAAAAAGCCUGUGGAUUUACCUGUAAAUGAUACACCGCUUUUGAAAAACUUUAAUCAGAGCUCCAAUAUUGACAGGCGCAAGGAUGCGGAAAUUAAACCUAUGAACACUACAGAGAAAGUUAAAGAUGAAGCCGAGCAGAAGGAACCUCCUGCCACAACGAAGCGUGCAAUUGAGGAGAACCACAUUAGGAAGUUCUCAAACAGUUAUCAGAAGACGGGAGGUGUCCAUCGGGUGCUGUCCCUCGACGUGACCAGUGCCCCCAGAGACCCCGCCGCCGUCGGCCAGUUCGGCCAAGCGGCCGUGGUUCCUGGCGACAAGGAUGCCGAAGUGAAGGAGCGAUGGGAUGAGGGCUUUUUCAACGUCUUCCUGAGCGACCGGAUUCCGGUGGACCGAGGUGUUCCCGACACCAGGCCUGAGAUCUGUGCCCAGAACCUGGUCCACGACAACCUGCCUUCCACCAGUGUAAUCUUCUGCUUCGUGGAUGAGGUGUGGUCCACACUGCUGCGCUCCGUGCACAGCGUCAUCAAUCGAUCGCCGCCACACCUCCUUAAGGAGAUCAUUCUCGUGGACGACUUCAGCACCAAAGAUAACCUAAAGGAUGCGCUUGACAAGUACAUGUCCCAGUUUCCCAAAGUCCGAAUCAUUCGUCUGAAGGAACGUCAAGGCCUGAUCAGGGCACGGCUGGCUGGAGCAGCCGUUGCCAAAGGCGAGGUUCUUACCUUCCUCGACUCGCACGUUGAAUGCAACGUGGGCUGGCUGGAGCCUCUGCUGGAGCGAGUCUACCUGGAUCGCAGGAAGGUGCCCUGUCCAGUUAUCGAGGUCAUCAGUGACCAGGACCUGAGUUAUAAGAUGGUUGACAACUUCCAGAGGGGCAUUUUCAAAUGGCCUUUGGUGUUUGGUUGGAAUGCCCUAUCAAAUGAGUAUGUUAAGAAGAAGAAUAUGACCGCAGCCGACCCCAUCCGAUGUCCUGUUAUGGCUGGAGGACUCUUUUCCAUUGACAGGAAAUACUUCUACGAACUUGGUGCCUAUGAUCCAGGCUUGGAUGUGUGGGGUGGAGAGAACAUGGAGAUUUCAUUUAAGAUCUGGAUGUGCGGAGGCGAAAUAGAGAUCAUCCCCUGCUCUCGAGUAGGACACAUUUUCCGGGAUCAGAACCCAUACAAAUUCCCAAAGGACAGGCGGAAGACUGUGGAGCGUAACUUGGCCAGAGUUGCCGAGGUCUGGCUGGACGAGUACAAGGAGCUUUUCUACGGCCACGGCUACCACCACCUGCUGGACAUAAGAGUCAUUGACGUGGGCAACCUCACAGAGCAGAUCGAGCUGAGGAACAGACUGAAGUGCAAGAGCUUCAAAUGGUACCUGGAUAAUGUGUACCCAGAGAUGGAUUCCCCCUUAGUCAAAGCUAAAGGCCUUGUCUUCAAUCGGGGCCUAAGAAAAUGUCUCACUCUGCAAAAUUAUUCUCUCUCCUUUGAGAUGUGUGAUCUCAGCAAGCAGAGUCAGCACUUUAAUUACACCUGGUUGAGGAACAUCCGCCAGCAGGACCUGUGUGUCGUACCCCAGGUCAAAUACAACCGCUUGGUUGUAGAGUCAUGUGACCGUGCCAUGGCUGGACAACGCUGGCUACACAAAUCGUCCAACUCGGCACUGGCCGAGCACUUGCUCGUCGAGGUUUCGCCCAACCAGUUGUGCCUGGAAGCGUCCCCUCAGGGUGACAACCUUCACUUUGCCAACUGCGCAGCCAAAAAUGCCCAUCAGAAAUGGCAGUUUACAAACAACUUCUCGCCAUGAAAGACAAGCUGUCAAACCUGCACUAGAAGAAGCCUUCAGCAUUCUUGUGCUGCAGGUAUUUCCUCUGAGCCUGUGUGCGUGUGCGUGUGCGUGUGCGUGUGCGUGUGCGUUUGCGUGUGUGUGUGUGUGUGUGAGAGAGAGUGUGCAUGUGUACGAAGCAGGGGCUGUGUAGAUGUGCAAUGUUUUCAUAACCUUUUUAUAUAUCAGCCUCAGUCCUUUCUUUAUAACUCCAUUUCUUUGUAUACUUUUAAAAGUGCUUGAGUUGCAGUUAGGUUGCACAUUUAACACACUCCACGUAGCACGCAGCUACUGAACACUUACGUGCCUCAUGUUUCCUGUGAACGUCUCACACUAAACAAAUAAUGACGAUGGAACUUUUGUAUAAAACACAGGUACAGCUUUUGAUGUUAUUUUUUUUAAGAUGUUUACUUGAGGUAAAACCACUCUGGGUUAUUUUAACGCUGCAUUGAUUGGGUGGGUGACAUUGUAGGAUUCUGUCACUAGAGGGCGGCCUUUAAUUGGGAAUUUGUAAGGACAAUUACACAGAAGAUGCAUUUUUUUGGAAAAAAACAGGCAAAUAAAAUGACCACAGACAGAGUUUAAUUUCUCGUUGUGUUUA